AUGGGUGAACCAGAUGCAGCGCCAAAGCGCAGCUGGAAGGACAGGGCCACCUUCUUCAGACUAUUUGUCUAUGGCGAGCCCAGCAGGGCAGACAUCGCCCUGCUGGUACUGGCAAUCGUUUCAGCAAUCGCCUCGGGAGUCCCAUUCCCAAUCAUGUCUAUCGUCUUCGGUCAACUGGUGGAUGAAAUGAACUCGACAACCUGCAACGCGAACAGCACGAAUGGUGCAUCCUACCAGGCUGGGAUCAAUUCCAAGGUCUUAAUGAUUGUCUAUAUUGGAAUCGCCUACCUGGUUUUGGUCUAUAUUUAUGUCUUCACUUGGAAUAUCACAGGCGAACGACUCGCCCAGCGCCUGCGCGAGAAAUAUUUCAAGGCUUUGCUCAAACAGGAUGCGGCUUUCUUUGAUAAUCUUCCAGCUGGCGAGGCGUCGUCGAGAAUUUCGGGCGAUAUAACCACUGUCCAGCAGGGUACAUCUGAGAAAGUCGGCAUCAUGAUGAACUCCCUGGCCUUUUUCGUGACUGCCUACAUCGUUGCCUUUAUUAAGGAUGCCAAGUUGGCCGGUAUGCUGGUCUCGUUGACCCCCGCAUACCUGAUCAUGUCCCUGCUGGGAGGUUAUUUCGUGCAGAAGUAUUUUGGUCGUGCUCUGGACAGCAUGACCAAGGCAUCUUCGGUCGCGUUGGAGGCGUUCUCGAAUACUAUGGUGGUUCAUGCUUUCUCGGCCAAUGUGCGACUGGAGGAGAAAUUUAUCGAGUUCUUGGAUCCGGGACGAGUUGCGGGAAUUCGCAAGUCUAUCGCGACUGCUAGUCAAGCGGGAUUGCUUUAUUUCAUUGCCUUCUCGGCCAAUGCAUUGGCAUUCUGGCAGGGUUCGAGGCAGAUUGCCGAUUCAGUCGAAAAUGGUGGCAGCAUGACGGUUGGAGCCACAUAUACUGUGAUUUUCAUUCUGGUGGAUGCAUCCUUGAUCCUCAGUCAAGUUGCACCCUUCAUUCAGAGCUUCGAUGCCGCGUCGGUCGCAUUCACCAAACUUCGUGCCGAUAUCGAUCACUCGUCCACUAUCGAUGGAACCGAUGAAAAUUCUGGUGAAGUCUUGUCACAAGUCAAGGGCGAUAUUGAAUUGCGCAAUGUUUCCUUCACUUUCCCUUCUCGUGCCGACAAGCCAGUACUCCAAGAUCUAUCCUUUUCCUGUCCUGCUGGUCAACAAACUGCUAUUGUUGGAUUGUCUGGAAGUGGAAAAUCCACUGUGGCGGGUCUGGUCACUCGAUUCUAUGAUACGACUGAAGGAGCUGUCUUAUUGGACGGGCACGAUGUGAAAUCCUUGAAUGUUCGUGCAUUGAGAAGCAACAUCAGUCUGGUCCAACAGGAACCCUGCCUGCUUGAUCGUUCGAUUUUUGAAAACAUCGCACUGGGAUUGAUCAACUCUCCGAACCAUGGUCAUCUCAAACAACUCCUCGCCAGUACGGCGUUGGCUGAGAUUGCAGCAGCUGUGAGAGACGGUCAGGGGAUCGUACCCGCCUCACUGGAACACGGAAAUCAGGCACGAGAGAUCGUGGACCUCGUUGAAAAUGCUGCUUUGCUGGCCGAUGCCAAUGGCUUCAUCGAAAAGCUCCAGGAAGGCUAUGGCACAAUGGUAGGCUCCAGUGGAAAUCUGAUCAGUGGUGGGCAAAAGCAGCGGAUUUCUUUGGCGCGUGCCCUGGUCAAGGAUCCCCGAAUUCUCAUUCUGGAUGAGGCCACUGCCUCCUUGGACUCUGCAACCGAAAUGCGCAUUCAGCGAGCUAUCGAAAGUGUUGCCGACGGUCGGACCGUCAUCACCAUCGCCCAUCGUCUAUCAACUAUCAAGAACGCGAAUAACAUCAUCGUCAUGAGACAAGGAAGACUGGUUGAACAAGGUAGUCAUUCAGACUUAUUGACUCGCAACGGUGCUUACGCAGAGCUUGUCCGUCUGCAAAACCUCAAUGUCCACGGUGCCGGAAAAGGGUCUUCAACUCGAUCUGCCUCGCCAGUGGAACAAAUCAACGAGAAGGCCGAGAAGACAGAUAUAUCUGUAGUUGAUGACUUUCCUGAAGAUGAUGGAAAGACUGCUGCAGCCCCGGCUAAAGACUCCAAGCCCAAGGAGAAGGCUGGUGCCGUUUCCACUACUCGAUCAUUCUCUGCGACAGUCGGGUCCUUAGGGUCGAUGUUCCGUCCUUACAUGUUUGUUCUAGUCCUUGCUGUGACAGGCGCUGUUAUUAUUGGAGGUACAUACUGUGGAUCGGCAGUGAUCUUCGGUAAUGUCGUUGGCAAGCUCAGUGGUUGCGAAGAGCCACAAAAUAUCCGCGAUGCUGGUGAAUUUUACGGUCUUAUGUUCUUCGUCCUGGCUAUUAUUGAGUUCUUUGCCAACUUCCUCAGUUGGUCUCUAUUUGGAUGGAUGGCAGAGAAUAUCAUCUACAAAGUGCGAGUUCUCUCGCUGCGCUCCAUCCUUGAGCAAGACUUGGCAUGGCACGAGUCUAAUGACCGCAACCCAUCGCUUCUACUAUCCUUGAUUACCACUGACAGCAACGCCCUCGGAGGCCUGACGGGCUCAGUCGUCUGCACGAUUCUCUCCAUUUGUGUCAACUUAUGCGCUGCCAUCAUCAUGACCCACAUCAUUGCCUGGCGCAUCGCCCUGGUCUGUCUCGCCGUCAUUCCUUUACUGCUAGGCGCGGGAUGGAUGCGGGUCACCUCACUAGCUGAGUUCCAAGAAAAACACCUGGAAGCCUUUGCCCGAUCUGUCGGCAUCACCGUUGAAGCUGUAAACUCAAUCAAAACCGUCAUGUCCCUCUCUCUGGAGCACGAAAUUAUGGGCACAUACCGUCGCUCAUUAGCAGCCCCAAUGAAGGAGAUGACCCGUCAGAGUGCCUGGGUUAACCUCUGGCUCGCAAUUGGAUACGGUAUGAGCAACUUCCUGUAUGGUCUAGCAUACUGGUGGGGAGCAAAGAACAUCAUUGCAGGCCACUAUACCCAGACUCAGUUCUUCAUCGUCCAGCUCGCGCUUCUUGUCAGUUCACAGCUAUGGGGCCAGGUAUUUGCUCUGGCACCCGAUGUUGCGCGCGCCUUCCAGGCGACCCGCCGGUUGCUGAACCUGCUGGAUCUGGGAUCCACGAAGAACUUGUCAAACGCCAUCGGAAGCCCACAAAAGCUGCUCGGAAACUCCACCGCUGAUGUUGAAGCCACCGCCACUAUGCGAGAAAAGGUCGAUGAUAGCCGCUGCGGAACCAGCGUCUCAUUUAAGCAGGUCCGCUUCGCUUAUCCCGCUCGACCUGACACUCGUGUCCUCCAUGGGCUCGACUUGAACAUCAAGCCGGGUCAGUUUGCCGCGCUGGUGGGACCCAGUGGUGCUGGCAAGUCCACAAUUAUCUCUCUUGUUGAACGACUCUACACGCCCGAGUCGGGCACCGUCGAGGUCGACGGACGAGAUAUCGCCCACGGAGACAUCUCUUUCCGUGACUCGGUCGCCUAUGUACCACAGCAAAGUAUCAUGUUUGAAGGAACCAUCCGCUUCAACCUCGCUCUUGGCGCUAGACCAGGUCACACCGUCUCACAAGCCGAAAUGGAAGAGGCAUGCCAACUGGCGAACAUCCAUGAGACGAUCAUGCAGCUACCCGAAGGAUAUGACACGCCCUGCGGCCCCAAUGGCGAUCGUCUUUCCGGAGGUCAGAAACAACGACUUGCAAUUGCACGUGCAUUGAUUCGCAAGCCGAAGCUCUUGCUGCUCGAUGAGUCGACCAGUGCCCUGGAUGCAGAGUCCGAGCGACUUCUUCAGGAUGGCUUGGAGAAGGCCACCAAGAACAUGACCGUCAUUGCGAUCGCGCAUCGUCUGUAUACAAUCCGCAAGGCUGAUGUCAUUUUCUUGAUUGAGGAUGGGCGCUGUGUUGAACAGGGUACUCAUGUUCAACUGGUUGAACGGAGUGAGUCUUACAGGGUUAAUGCCUUGAACCAGGCGGUCGAUGGAUAG